GAGCUGCUCCGCUCACCAACCAAUCAACACUCAGCAGCAGUAACGCGAGCGUCCUGCAGACCAAAGCCUGUUUGCUGUAGAAAAAAGGAAAUAUAACAGUGUUCAUGCGCUAAAAUGAUGUAAGGUGGCAGUAGGCGCCUGCCCCCCCCCCCCCCCCACACACACACACACACACACACACACACACACACACACUGUGACGUCACAUCUGAAGCCACGCUGCUUUAGCACGCCUACGCGGACGGACUGAUCAGAAGACGACAGACAUGGAGGCUGCGGUUGAAGUGAGUCUUAUGUAUCGCGACCUGAUUCAGAAUCAGAUCCGAUUCAUAGAACACAUGACUGGCAAGCUGCGUGCCAUCAACUCCAAACAGGAGAAAAUGGCUCAGGAGAUCCAGGGGAGGUUUGUACUGAACCAAAAUCUGACUGAGGAAUCAGACGAUGACGUCAAGAUUAAGAAAAGUGACUUUGAGAAAAGCAGUGAAGAAGAGAAGCUUCAGAUGAAACAGAUGGAGCAGAAAAACGAGGAAGUGAGAAGGACGGAGGAGAUGGAAAUCAGUAAGGCGGGCGGGAUGGAGACAGUGAAGGAGCUGCGGUCAUCAUUGUCAGUACACGAUGAGGAGAGAGCGAAGCUUCAGUAUCUCCACCAGAAGUACAGAAGAUUCCCCCAGAAGGCCUCCAAUGCGGAGAAAGAGAGGGAUGAUGCUGACAUGGAGAGAAAGAUGACAGCGCUGAGCUCCGGGAGAGAAGAAAAGCUUCUCCAAGAAAUAGAGGAACUGAAGGAGAAGCUGAAGGUGGCCAACAAGGCACUGAAGGAGAGAGAGAAGAAGGAAAAGGAGAGAGAGAGUCACAGGCAGCGAGAAAGACAGAGAGAGGAGCAAAAGCUGAAGGAAUUGGAAGAGGAGUUUCUGGAGAGAGAGAUGAAGAUGAAGAUGGAAUUUGCAGAGAGAGAGAAGGUGUGGGCGAAAGAGAGAGAAAGACUGCAAAAGAGAGAGCUGACAAACAUUAAAAGGGAGAACUGGAUGGAGGACAGAGUAAGAAGAUUGCAGAAAGAGCUGGUGGAACUCAGAAGAAGAUCUGGUCUGAGAAAGGAUGAGGAGAAGCAGUUGAAGAAGAGGAGGAGCUGAGCAGCAGAGCUGUCCGUAGUUGGGUGUACAGAUUUAUGGACAUGUUUAGAAGGUUUUGAAAUGGAGCGGAGCUUCUGGACAAAGACAAACAUUGUACACAAACUGUCUGAAUGAAGAGCUAUGCUGGAAGGAUUAAAAGGAUUGAGGGCCUCUUUCUCCAACUCCUAUCGUUCUCCUACCUCCACUCCAUCAGUCUCACCUUCAACUGACCUCAUGUGAAGUGUCCGAGCUGCUUUCCAAGCUCCAUCACAUGAAGGUCUUCUUCAGAAGGAUUAGCAAAGUUCUCCUAUAAUUACCACCUAAAUGUUCGACACUGCUUCUCCCCCAAGUAACCACCAGGCCUCCUUCCAGCAAAUAAAAUCA